CGCAGGCGCAGGUGUGUCGCGGGAGCUGCCAAGAAGGAGAAGCUAAUGAAUUAAAAUGAGUUUCCCGCGGAUUCCAACGCUUUACAUUAUGACGUAUUUUUGUUGCUAUUUUGUUACGCCAAAUUCAAAUCAAAACUGCAUUCAGACAUCGCGUGAGGGUAACGUCCAACGUCCGUUCACCGAAGAGGAAGGAUCAUGAGUCGAAACGACGACAGGCGGAGAGUUGAGGGAGUCGUUUUCUUUCCCAAGCCAGAAAAUGCUAUCACUGUUGCCGUGUCAUCACGGGUCCUCUUCAACAUGGACACUGAGCAGCAGAUCUCCCAGCAGAAGGGAAUGGAGGCGUACCUGAAGUACCAGAUGGAGCACGAGGUGGAGCCAUUUGUGCCAGGACCUGCGUUCCCCUUUGUUAAGGCUUUGGAAGCAGUAAAUACACAGCUGAGGGUUCUCUAUCCAGGGAGUGAAGAGCUCUUUGAUGUGGUUCUGAUGACCAACAAUCACGCUACUGUUGGAAUCAGGCUCAUCAACUCAAUCAACCACCACAAGCUAUCCGUUGAGCGCUUCUGUAUGACCGGAGGUAACAGUCCAAUCGGCUACCUGAAAGCCUACCAUACCAACCUGUACCUGUCUGCAAACUCGACAAAAGUAAUCGAGGCCUUAGAGGAAGGAAUUGCCGCGGCCACCAUAUUCAGACCAGAGAAGGCAGUGGAGGUGUCGGAGACGCAGCUGCGAGUGGCCUUUGAUGGAGAUGCUGUGCUGUUCUCCGAUGAGUCCGAGAGAAUCUUUAAAACCCAGGGCCUGGACAAGUUCUUUGAGCAUGAAAAGACCCACGAAAACAGGCCCCUCGAUCAUGGGCCAUUAAAAGGAUUCUUGGAAUCUCUGGGAAAACUGCAAAAGAAAUUCUAUGCCAAAGACCAGCGCAUGGAAUGCCCCAUCCGCACCUAUCUGGUGACGGCCCGUAGUGCAGCCAGUUCAGGCACGCGGGCCCUGAAAACGCUGCGAUCCUGGGGCCUGGAGACCGAUGAGGCCCUCUUCCUGGCUGGAGCCCCAAAGGGCCCCAUGCUGGCGAAAAUCAAGCCCCACAUUUUUUUCGAUGAUCAGAUGUUUCACAUCGAGGGGGCAGCAGAGCUGGGCACGGUGGCAGCUCAUGUUCCAUAUGGGAUUGCCAAGACAUUGUCCCCAAAGCAGGCAAAGGAUACCAAACAGUCCACUUCCUUUACCAAGUGACCUGUCAAAAAUAAAACAUUCAUCAUUUGAUUUUGUCAUGGCAUAGCAGCCUCAUUAUGCUAUAUACAGAAGUUGUAAUGUUUAAAGUCCUGCCACAGUGUCCUCCAGUUUCACCUGCUUAUGUGCUGAUUAGCAAAGCCAAAUGGUUGGAACAAAACCACUUUUACAUGCUAAAGCCAAAUUCACCAUCUCUGGCUGAAUCUCACGAGCAACAUUAUCCAUUUAGCAUUGAUUGCUCAGUUAUGCUUCCCAUGAGUUAAUGUGGAUUUUAUGUAGUUGUAUACGUUUACUAAUGGAGCAAAGUGGACUUCAGCAAAUACUUGGUGUGUCACAGUGGUCAGAUGAUACACAGACAAACCUAGAAAACUCUUACCAAAAGGGGAUAUUGGCAAACAGAUGCAAAACAGGGCCAUACCGGCACUUGGCUUCUGACCAAACAAAACCAAAGCACUUAAAAGCCACAUGGAAAACAUCAAAGUUACUAAUAUCAAAAGUCAAGUUUUGCAACUGGCGAUGACUUAAAUAUUAUUACUUGGGAUUUGUAAGAGCUCAUUGUAUAUGAAAGAACUCACACUCAAAAGUUACCUUGAAAUAUAUUAUGGAUUCUACUGUCAUACAUUUUAGACUGAGUUACUGUGUUUAUUAGACAUGGUCU